UCCCGGCAGGGGGGCUUUUUUCGGCACAACACGUGCAACCGAGUAAUACUACGCAGGCGCAAUUUGUAUCUUGUCAGUGCCAUAGCAACCAGAGCAGACAUCAAUCGUCAACAUGGCCAAAGCAACAACGAUAAAAGAAGCGCUGAGCAAAUGGGAGGAAAAAUCAGGGAAUAAAGCGAGUGAAGCUAAAGAGAUCAAACUGUACGGUCAAAUGCCUCCUAUUGAAAAGAUGGAUGCAUUCCUCGGCACACUGACAAACUGCGAGAAACUGUCUCUGUCAUCAAACAGCAUUGAGAAAAUUAGCAGUCUCAGUGGGCUCAAAAACUUGAAGAUAUUGUCAUUAGGUAGAAAUAAUAUAAAGUCAUUCACUGGGCUGGAAGCAGUGGGGGACACGUUGGAGGAGUUGUGGAUUUCUUAUAAUUUGAUUGAUAAAAUGAAGGGAAUCAACAGCAUGAAGAACCUAAAAGUCCUCUACAUGUCCAACAACCUGGUCAAAGAUUGGGCGGAGUUUGUGAAGCUAGCUGACCUACCAUGUCUCGCAGACCUGGUUUUCGUUGGAAAUCCUCUGCAGGAAAAAUAUUCUGCUGAGGGAACCUGGAUGGAUGAAGCUUGCAAAAGGAUGCCUAAUCUCAAGAAACUAGAUGGCACCCCAGUCAUCAAACAGGAAAUGGAUGAGGGAAAUGGAAAGAGCUGAAAAAGAUGGCUGUCCAGUCCAAGAGACUGUCCCACCCACAUAAGAGUCUUCCCUUUUUAAAGUUUUGCAUGAUUUAUCAUGAUUCUUUCAUUUAUACAUGAAGAUAUAGAACAACACAGAUUUUAUGUCAGUCAUUAAGCACAAAAUAGCAAACAUAGACCCUGUGAGAUUUUGAUAUAAAUCUGGUUUUGAUGCAAGUGUUACUACAUGGUUAGUCUAUUUCCAGAUGUUGUUUACAGCAAUACAAAGCUUUUUGUUUUCUCCAAAUUGUGAAGGAAACUGACGCCAGUUAACUGAAAAUGGACUAUGAAGGUAUGGCAUGUUCUGUGUGAAAAGAACAAUCACUCAGUUGUUCUUCAUCUUAUAUGACCUUCUGGGUGCUUUGACCAAAACUAAAGCACAGUGUAGCACCCAGAUAAGAACAGUGACAGAUUUUGAUUCACUACUAGCUCCAUUCUGCUUUAUCCCAUAAAUCCUAAAAAAAGGUAGCUCAGCAUUCCUAACAGUGUGCUCCAUCAACCACAUCACUGUGAAGAGUAGACCAAAAGAAGUUUAACUGCAUUAUGCUACAUUUGCUAACGAUACAACCCCUGCAUGAGGAAACU